AUGUCAAAACUAUCGUUACAGAAUGCAAUCUUAACUUACGAGCAACUUGAAACCACACCUUCAAGAAAAGAUGGAAUCCCUGAAGAUUUGGAGGAUGAACUUCGUAGAUUUGUGGCUAUGGCAACUGCACAAGUUCUUUUUCAACGAUUUUAUUAUGUUGCUUCAUUAAAAAAAUUUUCUAUUAGGGAUAUAAGUAUUGGUGCAUUGUUUUUAGCAUCAAAAGUUCAAGAAUCUCCUUGUAAAAUACGUGAUUUGAUAAACGUGUAUCAUUAUUUAAUCAGACAUUAUAAGCAUUUACCUCAAGAUCCUUUGGAGCCUUUGGGAUCUGUUAAUGCACUUGUAAUAGCAGAGAUGCAAAUUUUGAAAAGACUCGGAUUUAAUGUCCAUGUUCAAUUACCAUAUGGUUUAAUGGUAAAUUAUUUGAAAACUUUAGAAUUGACAGAACAUGAAGUUAUUCCACAAAAGGCUUGGGGAUAUUUAAAUGAUGCUUUACGUACAAACAUUUAUGUAUGUUAUCAACCACCUACGAUUGCAUGUUCAGUCAUUUGGCUUGCUGCUAAAGUAAGUAAAGUAAAAUUGCCCACAUCGUUAAAGUGGUGGGAAUUAUUUGAAGCAGAAUUUUCAGAUAUAGAAAAGAUUGCGAGUCAUAUAACGAAAUUGUAUGCACUUCGAUUACCUUCAAAUUUACCACUUACAUUAGACGAAUUAGAUGAUUAUUUAAAAAAUGUACAAAAUAAAAAAAAUCAGGAAAAAUAA